GUAGAAUAUUUUUUCCGUUCUAGUAUUAGUUUAAUGCUUUAAUGAUGAGUCCAAACACUCAAUCAAUCUUUAAAAUGUGUUUGAUGAUACAAAACUCUGACUGUAGUAACCUAAUAGAUUCAUGGUAAUAACUUGGCUUGCAGCUUUCGAUCAGUUCCGGGUGAUGUAGUUACGUCGGGUGACCUCAGCUGUCAGCCUGCCUGGAGUAAACAACACAGCUCGAGGCUAGCGUUGGUUGCAGCUCGGUGUGGUCUUCAAAUGAAGGAAAAUGGCAAAGGAUCGUAAACACUGAGGAGAUUUGUGGGCGUGACAUUAUUCAACUGUCGUAUCAUUCAUAUAUCUGCCAAGUCGGAUGAGCCAUGUCGUCGCGGGUGUUGCUACGGCAGCAGCUGAUGCGAGAGCAGGCCCAGGAGCAGGAGAGGCGAGAGGCCCAGCAGCAGGCCUCUGUGUCCCACCUGCGGCCCUGUGACUCCACUCCAGCCAUCUCUGUCAGCCUUCCCCCAACUUCUGCUCGCCCACCACCAGCUCAGGUGCCCGUGGAGGUGCUAAAAGUGCAAACCCACUUGGAAAACCCUACAAAGUAUCACAUCCAGCAAGCACAGAGGCAGCAGGUGAAGCAGUACUUGUCUACCACGCUGGGCAAUAAGGCUGUUUCUCAGACCCUGCGUGUCUCACCAGGGCCUCAGUCCAGCUCUGCCCCUGAAGCUGCUCCCACUGCCAGUAGUGCUCCCAACAGUCCUAUGGCCCUGCUCAAUAUUGGCUCCAACAAAGAGGAAAUUGACGAUGUGAUCGACGAUAUCAUCAGUCUUGAAUCCAGUUUCAAUGAUGAUAUCAUUACAUUGAUUGACUCAGGUCUUCAGCUGCCUAGCACGCUCCCUGGAAACUUGCUGGAUGUUUACCAUAGCCCUGGAAUGACUGCACCAACACUCACUGUCAGCAACUCAUGUCCCGCAGAUCUUCCAAAAAUUAAAAGGGAAAUAACAGAGGCAGAUGCCAAAGCACUACUUAAAGAAAGGCAGAAAAAAGACAACCAUAACCUCAUUGAAAGAAGACGACGAUUCAACAUUAAUGACCGGAUAAAGGAGCUGGGAACUUUAAUACCAAAGUCAAAUGACCCAGAGAUGCGAUGGAAUAAGGGCACUAUCCUCAAGGCAUCUGUAGACUACAUAAGGAAGCUGCAGAAGGAGCAACAGAGAGCUAAAGAUAUCGAGAUGCGUCAGAAAAAGUUGGAGCAAGCAAACCAUACUCUACUUUUACGCAUCCAGGAGCUGGAAAUGCAGGCACGGCUCCACGGUCUUCCCCCUGGCACCUCCAUGUCCCCUCGUCUCACCACUGACCCCUCCCUCCAGCAGCCAGUCCCUCAGAGCAACCAGUCUGCCCCUUUAGCUGCUGGGGUAGUCAAUGCUCAGAACCUCCUGGAGCGCGUUGCUAUUGGACAGGCACUGCCCCCCUCCUUCUUGUCUCCACCCUCCUCAGACUCUCCGGCUGGCGUCACUAUCAGCAGCCCCCUGGACCUGGGCAGCUUGAGCUUUGCAGAGCUGGAUGACACCUCUGCCUCUGCACUCUAUCCUGAUGUAGGGUUAGGAGACAUUUUAAUGGACGAUGGUUGCACCUUGUCUCCUGAAAGGGGAGCUGAGCCUCUCUUCUCUCCUCUAUCCCCUGGGGCUUCCAAAACGAGCAGCCGCCGAAGCAGCUUUGAUAUGGAUGAGGACUUGUGAUACAGUACUGUUGUCAGGGGGAAGAAUCUCUAUUUAUGGGACUGUAGUUUGAAAAGUGCUUCUAUUAGAGUAAAAAUAACAUAAGAUAUUCUAUCAAAUAAUUAUUUUGCCACUGAAAAGUUUUUUUUGUUCCGUUUUGGAACGGAUGUCAAAAAUAUGUAUUUUGUAAUGAAAUUUUAUUCUGAAGUAUUGUUAAAUACUGGCAUGAAUAUAGAAUUUACUAAAACAUAGAUUAUGAUAUAUGAGGGAUAUAAAUAUAGAUUGUUUUAUGACAUUUCUUAUUUAAAAUAACAAUGGCAUAACAUGCUAGAGCCAUGAUUUCACUGACUGCAAUAAGAGUUUGUUCAAAACAACAGCAGCUGCACAAGGGAAGUGAGUUAACACAUUAAAACUCUUAUUUGAAUUUUUACUUCAGAAUGUUUUACUAUAUAUUAUAUGCAAUUCAAUUGCACCUUCUUUUAUGGCAGUCUAUGCAUUUUAUAUAUAUAAAAAAGCUUGUUUUCUGUUUUUAUAACUUACAUCUAAUACCCAGGUGGCAUGUUUUGUUAAAAAGUGGAAAAUCACUUGCUGCAGCUAGUUGGCCAAAGCAGGACAUCUUCUGGAGUAGCUAUUAUUUACCAAUCAGCAUUUUUAUUGAAUGCAAGCAUUUAAAAUACAGUGAACAAUACACACAAGUACUGUAGUUUAUGUACUUUAACACAUUUUAUUUCUUGACUAAUCAGUGCAUUGAGUUGAGUCGUUCCUCGCGAUCCUUAUUUGGCAUGCUAUAUCUACGAUGUGGCUUUUUUUAUAUAGACUAUAAUUGUGCAUUUCCAUUCAUAUAUAAAUGAUCAUUUGAAGCCAACCACAAGCCUCAUUUUGUCAAAUAAUGUGCAACUGUUGUGUGACCUGCAAUCAAAUGACUUUUUAAUCAAGGAUGUAGCUAAAGUCACAGUUUUACCAUUCAACUGCUUCACAUAGCUUUGAUGAGUUGAUGAAUGUGUUUAAAAACUGAAUUUUUCUGUACUGUAGGUUGCUUUGUUCUUACAGAGUAAUUAUGAUUAGAUUUCAAUGUGUAUAUGUGUCUACUUUAAACUGACGUGUAUUUCAGAUUUUACACUGAUAAUCCUUAAGCAAUUCUUAAAGGUAUGCUUCUCUCUAAUAAUCUGCUCUUUUGCUGAUUCUACUUGUCCAGGUUCAUCCAUAUAUAUAUAUUCCCACUCAAAGAUGUAGAUACAUUAGUACUAAAUUGACUGUUAACUUAAAAAUCCUAUCAGAAGCUUUUUGUGUAUUGUCCCUCAAGUUGACUUGAAAAUGAUUUUAACAAAUGCAUAAAUAAACAAGUGAUUAUUAUA